GUUUUGUUUUUGUUGUUGCGGUGUUUCUCUUUCGCAUGUAGUUUUUGUUUAAAGAAAUUGGCAUUGAAAACGAAUUUCUUUAAUCUAUCGUGUUGUCUGCAACUGAAUUCGUUGAAGAGAAUUACCCUCUUGUUUCAUUCAACGAAGGAGUUUUUUUUUUUUUUGAAAUACCUGAGAUGAAAGAACAUGGGCACAAGAAACAUAGGCGAGGCUCUCGUGACAGAUACAUUGAAGAUGAUGUACCAUCUAAAGUUCCCAAAAGAGAACCGGGAUCUCCUUCUGAAUUAAGGGAAGAUCAAGACCGACAUCGAAGAAAACCCGACCAUCAUGAUAGACAUCGUCAUUCCAUGGAGGAUCCAAAUAAGUCAUCAAGGAACAGAGACGAUCGGGACAGGGACAGAGACAACAAUAGAGACAGAGAUCACACAAGAGACAGAGAUCACAAUAGAGAUAGAGACCGUCAUAGAGACCGGAAACAUGAAGGAAAUGUUAAAAUCAAAGAUGAACCGUUAGACAGUGAUGAUGCACAAGGACGAGAAGGGCCAUCUAGGUCUAAAUGGGAUGAUGAAGAGGAGAGAAACCGCAACAGGGGCCUUGGAAGGGGUAGUGGCAGAAAUUCUGAGGAACGAGAUUCUAGAGGUACCCGGGGGUUUAGGCCAGACUUUCAUGAGAAUAGAGGAGGCCGGGGCAGGGGUAGAGGUAGAGGUGGAAGAGGAGGCCGAGGUGGCCAUUCAAGAUUCCCGAAGUCAGAAGAAGACACAAGUAAUUAUGAGUGGGGCAAGAAGACAGAGGAUGGAGGAAACAAGCCGCUGCCACCUGAAGAGAGAGAUAAACCCAAUUUUGGUCUAUCAGGAAAACUCACAGAAGACACAAAUACUUAUAAGGGUGUUGUUAUUAAGUACAGUGAACCUCCUGAAGCCAGAGUUCCUAAAAGACGCUGGCGUCUGUACCCUUUCAAAGGUGAGGAGGCUUUAAAAGUUCUUUAUAUUCAUAGGGCUAGUGCAUUCCUUUUGGGUCGGGAACGAAAGGUUGUCGAUAUUCCGUUGGAUCAUCCAUCUUGUUCUAAGCAGCAUGCAGCUUUACAAUUUCGUCUUGUACAAUUUGAUAGAGAUAAUGGAACUGUAGGCAAAAGAAUAAGGCCUUAUAUCAUAGAUCUAGACUCAGCCAAUGGCACUUUUGUCAACAAUAACAAAAUUGAUCCCAGAAAAUAUGUGGAACUAUUAGAGAGAGAUGUCCUUAAGUUUGGCUACAGUUCAAGGGAAUAUGUUUUGUUGCAUGAACAAAGUAAGGAUGAAGAUGAAGAUGACAACAUGGAAUAAUAAUAAUAAUGUGUGUUUAAGUUUGCAGAGCUAUCCUUAGUGUAUUGCUAUGUCCCUUUAUUUUUCUUAGAAGUUAUCUUUUUCCUUGUAAAUAUGAAGCAAGGAAAGAAACUGUAUAUUUAAUUUUGAAUUAAACUAUCAGAAUUGAGCUG